CAGAUCUGCACUGAUUGCGGUUGGGUGGAAAAGAGGAAGAUAGGUGAGUGCUUCUAGUUCUUCGCUGAUUUGGACUGAUUUGAACUUUAUAGUUGUAGCUUCCGAACCAUCUCUAUAUAUCUGGGGAAAUAUAUAUAAUCAAUAGGAUCGGAAAAUAUCCCGGUGCUUUGGAAAUGGCGGAUAAAGAAAGGAGCUGGGAUUGCAAACUAAGACUUCCGCUUUUCUUGAUAAUUGUGACAGUCUGGGGUACAAUUUCUGAACAGAUUCGUUAUUCAAUUCCUGAAGAAAUGCAGAAAGGCUCUUUUGUGGGGGAUACAGCAAAGGAUCUGGGACUGGAUAUAAAGGAGCUCUCAGACCGCGGAGUCAGGAUAAUUUCCAGAGGUAUGAAGCAAUAUUUUGCUCUCAGUUUGAACAGUGGACAUUUAUAUAUUAGCGAAAGAAUAGACAGAGAAGAGAUCUGUGGCCGGCUAGAGAAUUGUUUAUUAAAUUUUGAGAUUUUUGUUCUGGAUAAAGUGAAGCUUUUUGCGGUUGAAGUCGAAAUAACGGAUAUUAAUGAUAAUGCGCCGAGUUUCCCAGUGGAGGAAGUGGAGUUAAAAAUAACUGAAACCACGGGAAAGGGGGAGCAUUUUCUUUUGCCGGAGGCUUGGGAUCCAGAUAAGGGACUCAAUUCCCUCCAAAGCUACCAAAUUAGUAAAAGUAAACACUUCUCUCUGGAUGUGCAAACGGGAGUUGAUGGUGGCAAGUACGCAGAGCUGGUUCUUGAAAAAUUAUUGGACAGGGAAGAAGAAAAAAUUCACCAGUUAAUCCUUACAGCUGCAGACGGCGGAGAUCCAGUCAAAUCUGGCACUGUGAAAAUCAGAAUUAUUGUUAUGGAUGUAAAUGACAAUGCACCAGUUUUCAGCCAAUCUGUCUAUAAAGUGGAUAUUAUGGAAAAUGUCCCUGUCGGUUUCUUGGUGCUUACAGUAAACGCCACUGACCAAGAUGAAGGAAUUAAUUCAGAGGUAACAUACUCAUUUAGAAAAAUAGAAGACAAAGCUGCCCAUAUAUUCCAGUUGGAUUCUGGGACGGGAGACAUAUCAGUUGUAGGGAAUCUGGACUUCGAGGACUCUGAAAUACAUGAAAUGGAAGUACAAGCUCAGGACGGGAGUGGAUUAUCGUCUCGAGCCAAAAUCUUGUUAAGAGUCAUUGAUGCAAAUGAUAAUGCCCCACAGAUUACUGUAACAUCUCUUCGCAGAGGAAUCAUUGAAGACUCCCUUCCUGAAACUGUAAUCGCUCUUAUAAAUGUACAAGACCGAGAUUCCGGAGUCAAUGGUGAGAUCACGUGCACUAUCCCAGAUAAUCUCCCAUUUCGAUUACAGAAGUCAUUUGAUAAUUAUUACAGUUUGGAGACUACCAGAGCCCCGGAUAGGGAGCAGAUCUCAGAUUACAAUAUAACUAUCACAGCCACGGAUCAAGGCACUCCUCCCAUCGCUACAACCACCUUCCUCCUACUGAAGAUAUUAGACAAAAACGACAACCCGCCCAUUUUCAGCCAAACAACCUACGCCUCUUACAUGCUGGAAAAUAAUCCAAAAGGUGCUUCCAUAAUCGUGGUAAAGGCAAAUGACCUCGACCUGGGUGAGAACGCGAAAAUCACUUACUCUGUUACUGAAGGUCAGAUCCAGGAAGCUCCGCUCUCCUCGUACAUCUCCAUUAACUCCGAGACUGGGGCUCUCUACGCUCUGCGCUCCUUCGAUUACGAACAGUUCCGGGAGAUUCGAUUCCAAGUGCAGGCUCAGGAUGGGGGUUCCCCACCUCUCAGCAGUAAUGUCUCCGUCACUCUCUUUCUACUGGAUGAGAAUGACAACAGCCCGCACAUCUUACACCCCUCCUUUCCCACCGAUGGCUCCACGGGAGUGGAGUUGGCCCCUCGCUCCUCCGAGCCGGGUUACCUGGUCACUAAGGUGGUGGCGGUGGAUGCAGACUCCGGGCAGAACGCCUGGCUCUCCUACCAGCUGCUGAAAGCUACAGAGCCGGGGCUCUUCUCUGUGGGACUCCACAGCGGCGAGAUCAGGACGGCGCGCUACUUUCUCGACAGAGAUGCGCUCAAGCAAAGUCUGGUGGUUUUAGUGAAGGACAACGGGCAGCCCCCUCUCUCUGCCACGGCCACUGUCACGGUGGUGGUGGCUGACAGCAUCCCCGAAAUCCUCUCCGAUUUAAGCAGCCUCUCAGCUCCUGUAGACCCCCAGUCCAGCCUCACCUUGUAUUUGGUGAUCGCUGUGGCUUCCGUUUCCUGCUUGUUCUUUACCUUUCUCAUAGUGUUAGUGGCCCUGAGGCUCCGCCGGUGGAGAAACUCGCAGCUGUUUGACUCCUCGAGUGUGACUUUCAGUGGAGUUCCCGUCUCGCAGUUUGUGGGGCUCGAUGGAGUCAGAGCUUUUCUUCACUCCUACUCACGUGAGGUUUCUCUAACCACAGACUCCAGAAAAAGUCAGUGGAAAUUUCCUAGUGGAAGUUGUUCAAAUACUCUGAUAGAUCAGCAUCCUUCUGAGAAAUCAGGGCCUGUUUUAAUUGCAGAUGAUUCAAAUAUUAAUAAAGAAGGUCAAGUCAUCAGCCAGUUGCUGGGCAGAUUCACUAUUCGAUUCCUGAGGAAAUGCAGAAAGGCUUUCUCGUGGGGAACAUCGCAAAGGAUCUGUGGCUCGAUACAAAAAAAAUCUCAGACGGUGGAGUCCGAAUUAUUGCAGAAGGUAGGAGGAAAUAUUUUGCUCUCAAUUUGCAGAACGGCUAUUUAUAUCUUAGUGAAAAAGUGGAUAGAGAAGAAAUAUGUGGCCGGAUCUCAAAAUGUUUGUUACAAUUGGAGAUUUUUGUUCAGGAACAGGUUAAACUUUAUACAGUUGAAAUUGAAAUCACCGACAUUAAUGAUAACGCGCCAAGCUUCCAAGUAGAGGAAUUAGAGUUAAAGAUCAGUGAGGUCACAAGCACUGGGUCGCGCUUUCUUCUGCCAGACGCCCAGGACCCAGAUAUAGGAAGUAAUUCUAUUCAG